UUUGUAUUUUUCCACCAAAGUUCCAGUGAGCCCGUCACCGUGACUAGGGUGUAGUAAUUUGUAAAUGGUGCAGCGCAAAGUAUGCCACCAGACAUGGCUGUGGCACAUUCUAGGAACGACGGAAAUCCACAGGUGACUUUGGAAGGGCUUGUGAUGAUAUCUAUAUUUAUUCUUUUGAUGACUCCAUUGCCUGCACUGGCUGGCAAGGCGUUCUAUGUAAUCAUAUUCGUGGACCAAGAGAUCACGAGCUGUGCCACAUUAAUAUUACUACAUGUUCUGUGUUGCCAGUAUCUCUCUUCUUUCCAUAUCUUUCCACCUCCCUCCACUCACACCUACUUUCUACUAGUCAUGAACAAUGUCAUCCCCCCUACACUUCAUCGUCGACGAGUCACUCUAGAACUCACCGAACGUCUUUGCUCUCAAAAACGUGUUCAAGAUGGUAUCAAUGACCUCCUGAAGUUCAGCCACUCGCAAGAUUCAGAAUUUCAGCGCUACGGUCGAAAAAUUAUCGCCCUGACCGAGGUCGCACGCAGCACUCUUACACGUAUGGGAGUCAAAUUGUACCUGUUCAUUACUUGUUCGCAGACUUUGCUGCCGUUGAAAUCAGCGUACUUCAAAAUGCUGAUUUUAAUCAGACACCGCAAACAUGCCUUUCCAAAGGAACUGGACGAUAGAAUAAACCGGCUCUUGCUUCCGCUAUACACUCAUCUCGCCAUACGUUACGGGGGAGUUGACACUGCCCGUACCCAACUAGGCAUCAAGGAAUUACUUGUCGCUCCGAACGCACCAGCCGCAGGAAAAAUGACCUGCCCGCCUGCUGCUGCUAUUUUAUCAGUACCAAAACCAAACGCGGCGGAGGUUAUGCCACCACCUGAUUCUUUCGCGAAAAAAAGAGCGAGAAUCAACCGGCUCGGGGAAUUUAUAACGCAGCAAUCUACGAGGGAGUCACACGCACGAAAACACCUAGUGCCUAAGCAAUAUCCAGCAGGUGACCCAAGUGACAACUGGGCAGGACAUUUAGUGCCUAAGGAAUAUCCAGCGGCUGACAUUAAUUUUGGCGACAACGAGGAACCUUCUCGCCCUCGAAGGGUAUUCACUCGAACAAAUGCCCAAUAUUUUGGCAUUUUUUGCACUGGAAAGCGACCAGUUGCUUCUGCCAGGACUGUUUGCAUUGACUAAUAUAUCCUGCAUCUGUGCUUCAUUAAAACUCUCAUCCGUCUUUCUGAUACUUGUCAUCUCAUGAAUAUGGAAUCCAACUACCUGUAUAUCUAACAUCAUUGACACAUUUUGCUACUGACUAUCCCUCAAGGUUUUAUAUUUGUGAUAAUACAUACACUGCUGUAUCAUCAUUUUAGUCAAUAAACAAUCCACCUCCG